UGCCUCCAGUGAACAUUUCCUCUGGCUUUCCCUUCGACUGUUUGCUCUUGGACUCAAGUCUAGCGGCGAGCUGCAGGUUCACCGCAUCCUCCACUGACUUCUGUUUUGCUCCCGACUGCGUUGUCUUUUUUGAGCGAAAACUGAGAUCGACUUCAACUCGUCGAUAACAAAAGCUGAGACAUGGGUUCGAUUCCCGAGUUCUCGAUCUUAAAGGGCGAAAAGCACCCGCUGCCUUCUGGCCCGGACUACCUUCUGCACCGGCUGUUCGAACGGUGCGCCGCGGCUAACCCUUCCAGUCCAGCCCUCUUCUCCGAGACGGACAACAUCGACCCAACACACACCUUUGCACAGCUCGACGCGCUGUCCUCGAAAAUUGCUCGUGUUUUGCUCAAUCAGGUGCAGAGACUCCAAUGCAAGCCCAACGACGACGGAGACUACAUCGUCGGGGUGAGUUUGUCCCCUGGCGCUCCGCUGAUUGCCACAAUUCUGGCCAUUUGGAAGAUCGGAGCUGCCUACAUGCCCGUCGAGCCCAGCAUCCCCCGCCAGAGGGCCGUUCACAUUUUGCAGGACUCGAAUCCUAUUUUCGUGGUUGGCGAAACGAGGGACCUGCACGAGCACGCCCCGGUCUUGCUCUACUUCGACCUGAUCAAUCUUUCUCAGGAGCAGGUCGGCAACAUCAUUCCUGACAAGGACUGUCUGCAGUGUGCCAAGAACAAAGAGCCCCUGGCGGCCGUGCUGUACACGUCUGGGAGCACAGGCGCCCCCAAGGGGGUGCGCCUGCCCCACAGGGCCGUGCUGAACCGGCUGCAGUGGCAGUGGCGCGUCUUCCCCUUCACGCAGAACGAGAAGAGUUGCGUGUUCAAGACGGCGUUAAGCUUUGUCGACUCGGUCGGCGAGAUGUUCGCUCCCCUCCUGCAGGGCAGGGCACUGGUCACCGUGCCCCGCACCACAGUCGCUGACCCUGGAAAGCUCGCCGAGGUGCUCGCUAAACACCAGAUUCGUCGUUUGGUGUUGGUGCCGUCGUUGCUGCGCGCCUUGUUGCUAGUGGCGCGCGAGCGGCCGAAGCUGCUGCGAGGUCUGCACUUGUGGGUGUGCAGCGGCGAAGAACUGCAUCUCGAGGUCGCCAGGGACUUCUUCAAAGCUUUCCCGUCUGGCUCGCACCUGGCCAACUUCUACGGCAGCACGGAAGUCAUGGGGGACGUCACUUUCUUCCUCUUCAAGACCGUCGCCGACAUCGAGUGGGUCCGACAAAGCGAAGCCAGAGUGCCCAUUGGCAUCGCCGUGGACAACACGAUUAUCUACCUUUUGGACAAGCAGUUCCGGCCGGUGCUGUCCGGCGAGCAGGGUGAAGUGUUCGUUGCCGGGCUGAACGUGGCGAACGGCUAUGUGAACAACCGCGAUCCGACAAAGUUCAUUGCCAACCCCUUCGCCACCGACCAAGCUGUUUACAGCACGCUGUACCACACCGGUGACUUCGGACGCAUCGUCAAGGGCAACCUGGUGUACGAGGGACGUGCAGACUCGCAGAUCAAGGUCCGCGGUCACCGCGUCGAUCUGUCGGAAAUCCAGAAGGCGCUUCACGGAGUUCGCGGUCUCGAUAAGGUCAUCGUCCUGUGCUACAAGCAGGGAAAGCCCGAACAGGCGGUGUUGGCGUUUGUGACCAUGACUAGAGGCACGAGCAUUCCCACCCCGCAGAUUGAGGCCACUUUGCAAAAAAUGCUGGCCUCCUACAUGAUGCCCCAGAUUAUUGUCCUCGAUAACUUUCCUCUGCUUGUGAAUGGGAAAAUUGACAGACAACUUUUGCUGAAAAAUUACGAACAAAAACAAGAAGAGAGCUUGAGGGGUGCCUCCAGCGUCCAGCUGGACCUGAGUUUGUGUCCCGAGAGCCACUUGGAAGCAGCCGAAGCUCUGCUGGAGACGGUCCGAUCGGUUCUUGGCGCCGCUUUGAAAACCGACGUGCUCAGCCUGAGAGCAAACUUCUACCAACUGGGAGGAAACUCGCUCAACUCCAUCUUCACCAUCACCAAGCUGCAAGACCAAGGCUACAAUAUUGGCAUCAGUGAUUUUAUCUCGGCCAGCACCCUGCGCGACGUCGUCGAGAGGAUGGUGAUCAAGAAGGCGUUGGAGGCGUCCGAGAUGGACAAAGAAAAUUUGGUGCCCGAGCAGUUGUACACUGCGCACAUGCUCAGCCACGAGCACAAGGACAGUGUCUACAGGAUCAUUGUUGAGAGCUUCUACGAAAAGUCUGACAUUGAGAAAUGGCUGCGUCCGCCGUUGACGAAGCCCGACUACAAGACACUCCUCGACGCUCUCUGGGAUCCGGUCGUGGAGAAAAAUCUCAGCUUUGUGAUAAAAGACAGGGAGGGUCGAGACGUGGGCGCUGCUCUAAACUUUGAUGUCUACGAUGAACCUGAAGUCAACCUCGAGACCAAGUUGAUGAUAGUGUUUGAGUUCCUUGAGCACGUCGAAUCUCAAGUCAGAGACAAGCAUUUGCCUAAAGGCAAAGGGAAAGUGGUGCACAGUUUCAUGAUGGGCACCGAACCGGCCCUGACUCCGGCGGAAAACGUUGAUGUGAUCAAGUUCAUGGAAGAAGAAGUGCUGCGGUUGGCGCGCAGAAAGUCUUUCGAGGGAAUCUUCACCACUAACACCAGUCCGCUGACACAACAACUGGGAACAGACAUCUUUGGCUACAAGCCUCUCUUGGAGACGCAAAUCAACAAGUUUGUGAUGACCGACGGUUCGAUGCCAUUCAAGGAAGCGCCCGAUUGGCAGGUGGCCGUUUGCUGCUGGAGGAAAAUUUAAAUACUGAUUUUAUGUAGAUACUAUAGUGUUAAGUUUUAAAAUUAUGACGAUAGUUGAUAUUUGCUAUAAAAUAAUUUAUAUCAUGUGCAAUAGUCUUAACUGUUAAGCCAGGAUUAUUGUUUUAGUCGCUACAAAUAGAUCUUCUCUACACAUUAACAUACGCAUUUUCCCGAGAGUUUACAUUAAUCAGAGAGAUCUUGUGAACAUGACCAGUAUUUUCAAGACGGUGUAUUCUCUUUUAAUUUUUAAUUUAAAACAUAUUUGUAAGAAGUGUAACAUGACAAUAAAAAUGUGAAAUAAAAUCAAAUGCAA